CAAUUAAUUGUCAAAUACGUGCUGCCUCUUGUCAAUAAUUACAUUCGUAAUUACAUUUUAUUGGUUUUUUAAUCAGUGUAUUUACUUUAAUAAUAACAUUUAUCCAAUUUGAAUAGGUUUUGUGAUCAUACCGAUGGUGUGUGUAUAAAGAUGAGCUGCUUAACUUGCAUUCGAGGUCUGAAGAUAACAUUCUCAUUCAAAGACAAGGAACUGAAUAAAAUAGCAGCAUUUUUUAACAUAUUGACUUUCCUGUUGACUUGUGCAGCUUUAGUGCAACCAAGUUGGUUUCGAAUUAAAGGCCUUCAUUGCACUCAGAGUUUAUCGUUAACACAAUUCUUCACAUUUGAUGAAGAUGACGAUGAUAACGACAAUCAAAUAAUGAUACACCAGACUGAUUUUGAUCCUAUCAAUAGAUCUGACUUCAACGGUCUCCCACCAUGUACAACACCAGAAAUUAUAACGCUUAUGAGAGUACUCAUACUACUCUGCUUUAUGGUGCUACUUUGCUCCUGUAUAGGGGUCCUCAUCAACCUUACCAGCUUGAAUAGCAAAGCUAUAAAAAUGCUGAGAAGGAAUGCUGUGCCUAGUAUUAUGUGUGUCUUCUGGGUGAUUGCUAUUGUGGGUGUGUGCUAUUAUACAACAGUUGUGUUGGGCAAUGCUAACAAUGGUGACCCUAAUACCAUACAAGUUGAUUAUGAAUAUGGAUUUUACACAAUAACUGCAGCAGGUGCCUUGGCAUUAUUAGCAUCAGCAGCCAAUCUAUGGGGUGCACCAUUAUCAAACGACGAAGAUGUGCAACGACGAAACUUAAUGGAAGACUGGGACGGAUACGAAGCUCAUAGCGUAGGUCCCACGCCAGCUGUGCCUACACUCCCUCCUUACUCCCCAAACCCCAAUUUCAUACCAUCAGCUCACCCGACAUUCGCCCCACCCGUCCUUGGCACUCAACAAUAUUUCCCCUUCGACGACCUUUCCAUCCUACCACCUCCACCACCAUAUACACCAUGAUCUUUUUUGAUCUUACAAAGAAUUUCGUCGUUUUUAGUUUAAACAAUGUAUAUUUUUAUACAAAAUGGUAUACAAAGAUGUGUAUAUCUUGAAAAUUUUUGCUUUAAUGAACUAUGAGAGAUAACUUGUGUGUAAAUCGUAUAGAACAAUGUGCACUAAUAACAUCGACAGUUGUUGCUUAAAUAGUCUGAUAACUAGCCCAGGCAAUAACAUUAAACCUGUAGAUAACUUGAAAGAAUUAUAGGGAAAACGGAAAUUGUAAUAAAGUUGUCAACAGUUGUCGCUUAAAUAGUGUGAUAACUAGCCCAGGCAAUAACAUAUAACCUGUAAACCAUAACUCAAAGGAAUUAUUGUAGGGGAAACUUAAUUUUUUAUAAAGUAACAAGAUACGCGCGAAUAAAUAAACCUUCUUACAGUCAGAUAAAAAGGAAUGUUUAUUGUUUAAAGGACAACUGGCACCAUUAUAUGAAAACCCAGGCAAUACAGAUAUAAAAUGGAGGGGAAUAGAUAGAAUAAGUACUCUAGUUUACGAUAAUAUUAUGGCAUUGACCUCUAAUAAAAGGAUGUACAAUUAUGUAACAAAUUUCACUUAAAAACUGGUCAAUUUUGCUUUGACAAUUUUAGAGUUAUUGGUAAAGAAAAUUAUAGCUAAAGGCCUUUAAAUAUAGUCCAAUAUUCAAUAAAAUCCUAAAUGCAGAGCAAAUUCAAUCUUAAGGAUUGAGUUUAAGAUUGAACUUGCAAAUACAACUACUUAAAUUGAGUGCUAAGAAGUUGUGUUUGGCACUCAUUGAGUGGGGACGUUUUUUCGUCUCUGAUUGUGCAUCCACUUUUUAAUAGGAGAUCGAUGUAUUGUGGGUAUUGUCAUAUUUUUAUUGGGAAUCAAAAUAAUAGUAGCUGUAAUGAUUCCAUUAAUAAAAUUAAAGCUGUACAAUAACAUUCAUAAGCAUCAGGUUUUUUUAUUGACCUGCAACUUUUACUCCUACAGUAAAAAAUAUAUACAUAAGUGAGAUUUAAAGUAACAAUUUAUAUCUAGUUUGUUGCGAGAUUUUCACAAAUCUGGUUAGAUAUUGCCUGUUGUCCUUUCAUUAUUAUUCGAUUUUUAACAACAGUAAUGUAUAUUGAAUAAAAUUUCAACUCUAACAAACAAAAAUUUUAAUAAAUCGAUAGGUAUUUAUAUUAUAUUUACCAAUCAAAUGACUUACUCCCUACACAUUCGACAAACUAUCAGUUUUUAAAUAUUUUAUUUUGGAAUUGGACAAGUCCUAAUUAAUUAAUCUUAAGAGAGCAUCAAUCUCCUAUUUUAAAGUGGAUGUACAAUCAGCGACCAAAAAACGUCCCCACUCAAUGAGUGCCAAACAUAACUUCUUGGCACUCAAUUCAAGUAGUCUCAUUUGCAAAAUCAACCUUAAACUCAAUUCUUAAGGUUGAAUUUGCUCUGAAUUUGGGAUUUUAUUAAAUAUUGGACUAUAUUUAAAGGCCUUUAGGUAUAAUUUUCUUUACCAAUAAUUCUAAAACAGUCAAAGCAAAAUUGGCCAGUUUUUAAGUGAAAUUUUCUACAUGAUUGUGCAUCUUUUUAUUAAAAGAGGUCAAUGUAUGAGAGUGAUGAUUGUUCGAUUCACAGAGAAGAAGCUCUUGACUAUCUAAACUUUUUGAUAGUCGUGACAUUUGCUUAUCUAAUAUUAAUAAAAAAAAGAGAUGCAUAGUAAAAUUUAGGAUGUUCUUUAAAUCGAUCAGAAUUUUAACAAAAAUGUUUAACAUAAAAUAUUGUAAUUGAUUAAUUACUAUAGGUAUAUCUUAGUCUGAAACGUGUGAUAAAGUGAAAUGAAUCUCAAAAUCAUUACUAACUUUUAAUCUCCUAGUUAUUUUCACAAUAAAAUUUCAGAAAUAUUAUGUUAACAACAAAUUAGUAGUAGGUAGGUAAUCUCAUUCACCCUUAAACUGUCUCGGUUAUGAAAAAUAGAUCUAAAUAUUAUGAAUUGUGGUAAAUCUGUAAUUAAAGAUCUUAGUUAAGAUUAGUUUUUGAAAAUUUAAUGUCAAUAUUCCAAUUUGUUUCAGUGUAUGUGGUUGUGAGUUUCAUAAAUGUUCUCUUGUAAAUGUGAUUUGCCAUUUUAGUGCCUACUUUUGUCUAUUCUCAAAACGCUUUAAUAUUGAUAAAAUCAAUGAAUCAAAUCAAUUGUUUGUAAUUAUUCAACAAAUCACGUUUUGUGGGACCUUGUUUUUAAAUUGCACUAAAUUUUCGUCAUUUUUGAUGAUAAUUUAAAGUAUAAACUAGUUGAUUAUACAAUUAAUUACUAUAUUUUUAACUUUUCACUUUAGAAAUUAUUGGUUUGAAAUAAGAGAGAUUACAAAUACUCUUUAACUAAUAGAAGAAAGGAAGAACGAAAUAUUAACAAAAUAAAUAUUUCUUAGGAGUCCUUGAAAAUUAAUUUUUAAAUUGUCAAAGAUUUAAAAUCAGCUAAUAGGUUAUUCAGAAAAGGUUCAAAAUUUGACCAUUGUUAUUAUACUAUACUCAGAGGUACAAUUAUCCGCCCUCUUUAAUUUGACGUGAUUAUAUUAAAGUGGGCGGAUAAUUGUGCCUCUGAGUAUAUUUGGAUUUAUUGAGUUGUAUUAUUAUUUUAUCUUAAGCUUGUUUAAUAAAUUAUGGGCCUUACCUUCUUGGUAUCUUAGAUUAACAAUGUGGAAUUGAUGCUUUUCUAUUGAGUGUAUUAUGUGCAACACUAAAUUUUUCCAAAUAUUCUAGUAUGUAAUAAAAAUAUUACUGUUAGUAUUUUUUAAAUUUGUCUAUAUUUUGAUAUAUCCGUGCCUAUUAUGCCUAUUAAAACCAUUUCUCUGACUUAGUGGCGUAACUAUACCAUCUGAUAACUGUUAAUUAAUAAGAUAGGGCAUCUAGAAAAUUGAGUAAUAUCAAAUGUUUUUUUAAAUAUUAGUUUCACUUCUGAAUCUUGUGGCAUUUUGCCAUCCUAUAUUUACGCCACUGGCCUAAUAUUUCCUUGUUAUAGCUUAGCAAAUUCGUUCGUAACACACCCGAUGGUCGGCGGGGGCCAGGAGUCGGGUAGCGAUGACAGAUAAACUCACUACUGAUGCACCCCACUUCCAGCCCUAGCCCCGCGCGUACGACUUUACAACCGCGUAUUCCUUCCCUCCCCGUCGCCCGCAUACCAUCAUCAUUCAUACAUACCAUAGUCAUCAACGAACUAGCCAAGCUAUAGCUAUAAUAUAAUUGGAAACUGUACAUAAAUGUAACUAGCAGGGUGAUAAAUGAUAUCUGUGAAUGAUUUAAAAUAUGAGACUCCUCAAUGAUUGUUGAUUGAAAUGACAUUGAAAUUCUAUGUACAGGCUCAUGUUUUGUAUUGUUCACUGAGACACAUAAUUAUAGUCUGGCAAGUUCAUUGAUGACACUACCAUGAUAUGCGGGCAACGAGGGGAAAGGCUGCGCGGGUGUGAAAUCGUGCAUGCGGGGAAGUGAGGUGUGUCGGUUUUUCAUUCAUCGCUACACAUCUUACACAUCAGGAGUGUAACGCACGAAGUUGCCAAGCUAUACCCUGUAGACCUGUUAAGCUACUCACUAAUUCUCUUACAAUUGAAAGCCACCAAACUUGUUUGACAUUAAAUGAAUAUUCUAUUAUAAAGAACUAUGCUAUGUAAUGUUACAGUGAAUUAGAAAUGUCCUGAGCGGAUUAUCCACCUGGUGGUAAAGAGAAAACCAUUGUCUAUUAACAGAGCAACACUUUGCAAAGCAAAGCAAGCAAAGAGCAUGUGCUACUAAGUGCCACCCUGUAUCCCAUCAUCCUGAGGUGUGUGUCAUGUAUUUUAUGCUCAUAGCUUGUGUGCCCAUAGGCGUAUAUACCGGGGGGAGUGGGGGGGGGGCGUCCCCACCAUAAAAUCAGUUGAGCCGUGCCUGCCACAAACAUUGUACACAUUUUUAUGUCGAGUAUCGACUCUGCUUAGUGGCAUGUCAUGGGCCAGGCCCCCCCCAGGCAAUGAUCCUAGAUACGCCAAUGCGUGUUCCUUUAAUUACACUGGCAACCAUUACACAAUGCCUAACACUUCAAACACAGCAAUGCUUGAUAUAAGAUUAAAUUAAUGUCAAAAAACAACUAUAAUAUAAAAUAUUCCUAAGAGGAGAUGCUGUUAGAGUUGUUCUGACCAUCUCUUCUGCUUCUAUCUUCGGGGCUCAUCAGGCAUUACUUCUACAGUCGCCUACAGCACUUAUUCUGUCAGAAAUAAAAAGAACAUUGUCAGAAAGGCUUGGUUUAUUUUUUUUUUAACAAAGAUAGCUCUUUUUCAAUCAUGUUUCGGUUGCUUUGGAUAUUGUUAUAAUAUAUACAAACUUCUGAGUAACUGGUGUAUAUUUCAUGUUACCAAAAACUAUAAAUGUUAAUAGUGGUAUUAUUUGUUAAAGUAUAAACUCUUAGACAUAAGGAUAGUUAUUCCCAGUAUUAUCUACUGGGAACUUUAUUUUUACAUUUAAAUAAAAACAAGAGUAACAUUUUAUUUUUGUGUAAGACUAAUAUGCAAUACAUAUCUAUUAAAAAUA